AUCGCCAGUUGUGUGGCCUAAACCUCAAAAUUGGGGUGUAGUAGUCGCAAGGGGGGUGUAAUAGAGGCAAGGGUUGGCUGCCGCUGCGGCGAGUGAGUCAGUUUCGCGUUGAGAGACCGCGGAGCGGACGUGCUCUGCGCCGCCGCGAGAUGGCGCGCGAGUACACUCUCGUACAGGAGUUCUACUUGCACAUGCAUGAGCUGCAGCCUACGCCGCAGCAUUAUCAUCACUAUGAUGUAGCGCACUCGGAGAGCUACGAGAUGGCCAACUGCGAGAACUCGCUGGCCACGCCUGCGCCGUCGACGGUCACGGUGCUCGACAACUCAACAAGGAAACGAAAACCUUCAUCGUAUGGCUCGGCAAGCGUCUACGAUGACGAUGGCACAGACGAGACACGCUCUACAAGAACCAUGCCUGAUAAAAAGCAAAACCACAGCGAGAUUGAGAAGCGUCGUCGAGACAAGAUGAACACAUACAUAUCAGAGUUGAGCGCAAUGAUCCCAAUGUGCGGUGCGAUGUCGCGCAAGUUGGACAAGCUGACGGUGCUGCGUAUGGCGGUGCAGUACUUGCGGUCGGUGCGAGGGGCGCUUUCCGCCGGCCCCCUCACAGCGCGCCCCCGCCCCGCUUUCCUGUCGGAGCGCGAACUGAACACGAUGGUGUUACACGCGGCGCACAAUGCAUUCCUGAUCGUCGUCGGUUGUGACCGCGGGCGACUCCUAUACGUAUCCACCUCGGUUAGCAGAAUGCUGAACUACGAUCAGUCGGAGUUACUUGGACAGAGUUUAUUCGAUAUCUUACAUCCAAAAGACGUGGCUAAGGUGAAGGAGCAACUCUCCUCAUCGGACCUGAGCCCGAGGGAGCGGCUCAUUGAUGCCAAAACGAUGUUACCAGUGAAAGCGGAUAUGGUGACGGGGGCGUCAAGACUGUGUCCGGGGGCGCGGCGCUCCUUCUUCUGUCGCAUCAAGUGCCGCGCAAUCACAUCUGCUGCCUCUACACCGUCUGUCUCUGGAUCCUCGUCACAACAGUCCGGCGGGCAGGUAAAGGAGGAAGGGGAAGGAAGCUCCAAGAUGAGGAAGAAACAGAACGAGAAGAAAUAUUGUGUUGUACAAUGUACAGGGUAUCUCAAGUCCUGGACACCAGCCGAACUAGAAGGGGGUAGCGUCGCGGGCGAUGGAGGGGAGGACGGGGAGGCAGGUAACAUUUCCUGCCUCGUGGCGGUUGGACGUGCACUACCAGACCUCUCACCGACUCUUGGGCAGCAAGUUCCCAUACCAACCCGGUCUCCUGCGAGGUGCUUGCAGUACAUCUCUAGACAUGCCACUGAUGGAAAGUUCCUCUUCGUCGACCAGAGGGUGACCCUAGCUCUAGGUUUCCUACCACAAGAGUUACUCGGUACCAGCCUAUACGAGUAUGUGAGUGCGCAGGAGUUGGGAGGUGUUGCGCGUACGCACAAACUAGCGUUACUAAGACGCGAACCUGCGCACACGCUGCCAUACUCAUUCCGACGUAAAGAUGGCUCUUUAGCAAGAAUCACGACGCAUUUCAAACCGUUUAAGAAUCCUUGGACUAAAGAUGUGGAAUGUCUCGUCGCUAACAAUACCUUGGUAACCGAUUCAUACACACCGCCACAACACGACGAACAAGAUUCAUACGAAAUCUACAAGCAGAAGACGGCGUCCUGUGCGAUGUUUCCACGCGACUUGACUGAUGCGAUUUCAGAGGGCGAUGCAGAGAUGCAGAGACUAAUUGACUCACAAGUCGAGUCUCAUAAGAUCGGUAGCGCGAUCGCCGAAGACGCGUUGCGCAGGCCCUCCACAGACUUCUCACCUGAAGUGCCAACUAACCUCUUACAAGACGCUGUCUUUAAUCAACAGGUGAGGAUACUUAGCGACUCCCCGCCGCAGAAUGAUCCCGUAGAGGGUCUCUCCCCUUCCACUCCGCCCCCUGUCUCACCCCCACUCCCUUCAUUGGGUCUCGACGGUAACGGGGAAGCUGCCAUGGCUGUCAUAAUGAGUCUCCUAGAAGCAGACGCGGGCCUUGGAGGUCCUGUCAAUUUCUCAGGACUACCUUGGCCUUUACCAUAAAGGCCUUGAUUAUUUCUUGAAACUCCUCUCAUCUGAAGGUGCCUUCAGUAAAAUUA